UCGCACUUUCUGCUCCAACGUCUGGCAUAUCUUGGCAACAUACUGUUUGCUCGGGUAGUGGCUGGCUUACUGAGCAAACGUGAGCUGACAGGACCAAGUGGCUUGAUUUUCUGGAGGGGGUUGAGCAUUCCCCAAGGCCCUUCCCGGGUCUCGACAUGUUUUCCAAUGUACUGUACUGUGUAGGACUUCCGUUACGCUUAUCGCACUUGGCAGGCUCGCGGGGCUUGCCGUUCGGGGGUACACCUCAAGAUCAGCGAUCCGGGAUGAAGUUCCGUAGCCAACCUGUCCAGUGGCAGGCGCAUGGCCUUUGGCCAAGGAAUCAGAGGACGCGAGCAGCUGCCCACAUGCUCUGUGCAACAGCUCUCCUUGGCAGAGCGAUUCGUCACCGCUCGGACGCCAGCUUGAACCCUACGGUUGUGCGCCAAGCUCGCCAAGCCUGUGCUGCUGUGAGGGCAUCCAUGUCUUUGUCGCCGCCAGCCUGCAACCCUAGGCGGGGCGGGCCUGCCCUUUUCUUCUUGGAGGGGGUGGGUGGUCGGUGUCUGUCUCUCUGCCUGUUGAUCGAGUUCCCAUUGUCCGUUUCUUUCCUUCUUUUCUGGGUAUAUAGAGGGGCGGAUAUCCCGGAAACGGCAGCGCACGGGAAAGACGGCUGGGGGAAAAGCUUGGUGGCUGCGACAAGCCGCCUAGUCCGGCUGGGCAAUUCUUGUCGCCGUCGCCAGGAGACAAUGGCAAAGCCGCUUCGCAGAGAUAACAAAUGGGGGUGCGCAAACGCCGAUCGCCUGGCAGGCAACUCCCAGAACAACGGCUUUCUCAGUCCUGCCGAUCACCCCUGGGACGCCGGGCGUGCUUGCCCGUGAGUGCCUUUGAGCCCGGUGGUGGCUGAGGUCGCUGGCGGGACCGUGCUGGCAAACCUGCCACAAGGGGUGUGUGUCUCGGCCAAGUGCUCGAAUCCUCACGGGCCAGGGAUCCAGUCGUUGCAGCACGAGCCCCAGAAAGACGCCCGCCCUGGUCAGUUG